CUCGUCUAUCCAUCUCACAUCAAAGCUUUCUCUCUCUUGUGUAAAAGUUGCCCAGACAGCGGUAAUCAAUGGCGAAAGACGUUGAAACCUCGGGACAAGAGUUUUCGAACAAGGACUACCAUGAUCCACCUCCGGCGCCGCUGAUCGACCCAGAUGAAUUAACACAAUGGUCCUUAUACAGAGCCAUCAUCGCCGAGUUUAUCGCCACCCUGCUUUUCCUCUAUAUCACUGUCCUAACAGUGAUCGGAUACAAGAGCCAGUCCGACACCGACCCAUGCGGGGGCGUGGGCAUCUUGGGUAUCGCCUGGGCCUUCGGCGGAAUGAUCUUCAUCCUAGUCUACUGCACCGCCGGCAUCUCCGGAGGACACAUAAACCCGGCGGUGACCUUUGGGCUGUUCUUGGCGAGGAAGGUGUCGCUGGUGAGGGCUCUCAUGUACAUGAUAGCUCAGUGCCUGGGUGCAAUCUGCGGUGUGGGCUUGGUGAAGGCGUUUCAGUCUUCGCUCUACAAUAGGUACGGUGGGGGAGCAAACGAGCUGGCUGAUGGCUACAACAAGGGCGUGGGAUUGGGUGCUGAGAUCAUCGGCACCUUUGUUCUUGUCUACACCGUCUUCUCUGCCACUGACCCCAAGAGGAACGCCCGAGACUCCCAUGUUCCUGUUUUGGCACCACUGCCCAUCGGAUUUGCGGUGUUCAUGGUUCACCUGGCAACAAUUCCCAUCACCGGCACCGGUAUCAACCCGGCUAGAAGCUUCGGAGCUGCUGUCAUCUAUAACAACGACAAGGCCUGGGAUGACCAUUGGAUGUUCUGGGUCGGACCAUUCAUUGGAGCUGCCAUUGCUGCAUUCUACCACCAGUAUAUUCUGAGAGCAGCGGCCAUUAAAGCUCUAGGAUCUUUCAGGAGCAAUGCCUAGGUUUUGGACGCUAGCUGGUGAUGGUGAUGGUGAUGGUUUCUGCAACAAGAAUAACAUCAAUGGUGGAGGAGUAUUAGUACAUGCAAGUCGGUCUCAAUCUUUUUCCAGUGUUUUUUCUCUUCUAUCUGCCCUCUCUCUCUCUCUCUCUCUCUCUCUCUCCCUCCCUUGGAACCAUGGAAUUGUAGAUAAAUUUGGCUUUUAUCUGGCCAUGUCUCUUUAAAUAUAUUUCAAGUGCUGUAUGUUGUCAUCUUUUUCCUUUUCCCUCCUCCCUCUCUCUCUUUCUACUUGGUGUAUUCAUAAUGAUGCUUCCACAUUAUUCUAGUAAAUGGCUAUGCUCCUCAAUCUCCAUCA